UAAAUGUUUUUCACCAGCAUUUAUCUCUCGAUCACACUCCAGUCCAGUUGGUGGCGCUAAUGCAACUUUAAGUUGGUUUGCCAACCGCCAAUAAACCACAAGGAAGAAGAAGAAGUUGAAGAAGAAGAAGAAGAAGAACCCGCCAAAAUCAAAACGGUUUCUGCUAAGGAGAGAAAGUAAACAAACCGCCCUUUCUGUGGUGUCGUAGGAAUUCGCUUUUAUUUUUGCAAAUUUAUACUCUUAUCUGAAAAUGGACCCAACUACACGGUUCUUUAGCAAGCUGAGAAAGCUGGUGGGUACUCUCGAGUCGGAAACGGCCAAGCUUCAGCACACCUUUGAAAACCGCAACAACGACAAUGACAGCGAAGGCACAGCGAAAGCCAUGCAAGCAUACCACGAACUUAACUGUGAAGUCGGGACCCUGAAGGGGCAGAUCCAGGGGCAGAUUGCUCAGCAGAAAGCACAAGCGAAUGAGGUAAGUAACUUCAUUAAGACCUGUAGAGUGAUGGAGCAGAGGCUCGCUCAGGACAUCCGAACACUGAAGGGACACUGGGAAAAAUAUGGUUACCAAGCUCCCAGAGACACCCAGAGAACAACCAAGGCCAAAGGUCAGGAGUCAGAAACUGAAGAUGAAAUAGCAGAUGAGAAUGAAACCAAGUCAGCGAGAGGAGAGAGGGGAAGCCAGGAGGAGGCUGGAGGUAAUCACUUCACGUCGCCUCCAACAGCGGGACCGAUACCCUUUAUUGACUUGCUGCAAACGCCGCAGCUCUCUGACUUUGGUCUGUCUGAGAUGCAGCUGAAGAGAACUCUGGCUGGGUGCUCUGAAGUGCCUCCUAUGCCUGAAAUGAGCAUCCCUCACCCCUCACUCAACACGCCCGCACCACCGCCCAUGCCCUUAACCCCCAAAUGUGCCCUGCGGAUGGAUGACGAUGAGUUACAGACACCUCAGAUGUCUGACUUUGGCAUUUCAGAGCACACAAUGUGUCUGAACGACUUUACUAUGGAUCUGCUCCGGAAGAAUGUUGAAAAGCCCCAAAGACCAUCACAAGACAUGCCUGGAACACCAGCAAACACUCUAAUGGACAAUUUGCAGAGACAAGUACAGAACUUGGAGUCCCCAGAGCCACCUGUGUUUUGCACCCCAGGGUUCAAGAUCAAAAAGACAAACCUUCCCCGCUCCCCACUUGCGCAAAGAAAUGGUGACCCAGAAUCCCCCGAACGCCUUAAAAACCUGCCCACCACCCCUGAGAUCCCAGCAUUUAAAACCCCAUACGUUCACCGACUUGUCAGCAACAAAAAGCCGAUCAUCAUACAAGCUGACGAGGAAACCGAGACUUGUGAACUUUCAACACAUUGUACUGGAGCAAUCGGCUCCAAACGCCCAUGGGAAUAUGAUGUGCCAGACGUAUCCAUCAUGGGUGUGGGGGACAAUCAGAUGCCAGAUAUGCCAAACCUGGAGUCUGAUUUGGGAAAUUCUUUACAAACUGGAAGUGCAAAAAGGCCCAAGAAGACUUUGAAGCAUAAAAAGGUGACCAAGGAGCCCAUCGUCCACAACCUGGAGCUGGACGGACCCACCCAGGAGUUCAGCUUGGGGACACCUCGCAUCAGGAUGGACUACCAAGAGCCCGGCACCCCAGAAAUGCCAGACCUCAGCUCUGUUACACAGGACAUCUGUAAACUUGUGUCCCAGGCUCAGUUAAAGAAGACUGCCAUGGAAGUUGCGCACCCAAACAGAGCUGUGAAUCUGUCCGUGGUGUCGGAGAGCGAGUUCCAGGGUUUACCCAGUUACAUGAGGCAGAUGACUCUGUCCAACCUCAACCUGGCAAUCCAAAACAUCAACAAAUUCACGGCGGAGAGUCGAGGAGAACAGACAGAGUUUCUGAUGGAGGAGCUGAGAGCGAUUUGCUUGGUUGGAACUAAGACCCCUGUGUACGUCCUUUGUCUGACGGAGCUCAAUAGGCUGAAGCACAUGUUAGGAGUCGGGAACAACUCUAUGUACAAACUGUGCACACACAUGUAAUAGUGACUUGGAUACAUUACAGUUUGUCCAAAUAAAAUGUCAUCCGGACUCAAGAACCUGCUUGUACAUCUUUCUUUCUUUUUUUCUGUAUUAUAACAUUUCAUUAUUUUUGCAAAAAUGAUU